CCGAUUUACUCCGUGAUAAUGAUUGUUGAACAGUGAAGAUGAUUUACAGUAAAUAGAAAGACUAGAGAAAGUCUUUACAAUAAUACCAUCGGCAAUUCCUCCAUACAAAAUACAAAAUACAGAAAUUCUCUCACCCAAGACACACUAGACGAUACUCAGUCGGCGAGGCAUGGGCGCAUGAAGGCGAUGGCGCGGCAAAAUUGUCACUUGUGACAACGUGGCAGUCAAUUGUUCGACAGAAAACCCCUAAGCAGAAGAAACUUCAGCAAGGAGGAAAGGGUUCGCGUUUAGGAGCUUUUGCUUGAGUUACGUCAUUUGGUCUAUACGCUCGAUUUACAACGAAAUAUCGUUUUUUGGCCCGUCUCUGCUUCCAUGAGCAGUUUUUUUCGGGAAAACUUCAUCUAUUCCGGUGUGGAUGGCAGAAUAGUUUUAAGGGUGCCGAAGACCCAUCAUCUCUGCCUAUCCCUCCUCUUUUUAUUCGCAAUCUUCGGCUCCUCUCAUGGCGACGUAGGCACAUCUUCCUUCUACAAUCCCCCGUAUUUGCCGACGGCAUGUUAUGGCAAUGAUGUGAGCCAGUUUCCGGCGAACAAUUUGUUUGCGUCGGCGGGUGAAGGGAUAUGGGACAAUGGGGCCUCCUGCGGGAGAGAGUACCUGGUGAGAUGCCUAAGCGCGACGGUCCCCGGAACUUGCGUUGAAGGGCAGAUAAUUCAGGUAAGGAUUGUCGAUCGAGCGGCCACUUCCGUCUCUCUGGCCUUGAGGGAUGGCACCACCAUGGUUCUCUCCGCCACCGCUUUUCAGAUGAUUGCCAAUGCUUCCUCCGCUGAUGUGAUCAAUAUAGAAUUCCAACAGGUUUGAUUUGGCAAUGCUAGAACAAGGGAUGGAGCUGGAGACUAGAGCUGCUAGGCUGCAAAUAUGGAUCCUGGUAAAGGGUGACCCGAAUUCAAUUUGGACCCAAUAUGGAUCCGUCCUUAUUCCUUGUCUAUAAUUUGGUUAAAUUUGGAUUUCACCUUUAUCAUAUGCUCCCGCUUAAUUAAAAUUUAUAUUCAAUAAAAUUGUCUUUUUUUAAAGAUAAGCAAGCAAAUUUUA